CGUGCGCGCGCCCGCGCGCGCGCGGGAGUCUCGGCGGCCUGGUAAGGGAGAGUUUCAGGCAGCCAGGGCCCGGCUUCGCCCCCGCCCCCAGCCCUCGGGCUAGGCUGCGGAGACCGGCUGCGGCCGCAGUCCCCAGCCCCGUUGUCACUCACUCACUCGCCGAGCCUGGCGCCGCGCCCUGCUCCCCGGCUGGGCCCGGAGGGCGGGGUUUGGGUGGACUGCUCGGCGGAGGCGGAGACUCUGCAGCUAUAAUAGGCUCUGAAGCCGGGCAGCCCAGCCAGAAGAGGAGGUGUGAGCGACGCCACCGAGCCGGGUACAAGAGCUGGGGCGAGGGCAGGGACGCAGAGUAAGCAAGAUCGGGACAUCCAAAGGGAGACUGAGGAGCCAGAGCCACCAUGUCCGAGUCACCGAGCAGAACCCGUCAGAUCCCCUGCAGUGGGAAGCUUUGCCGGAACCUCUUUGGGCCCGUGGACCAUGAGCAGCUGAAGCAGGAUUGCCAAGACUUGAUGCAGAGUUGUACCCAGGAGGCCCAGCGACGAUGGAACUUUGACUUCAUCACCGAGACCCCCCUGGAAGGCGACUUUGCCUGGGAGAGGGUCCGAGGCCUGGAUCUGCCCUCUAUCUACCGCCCGUCAGGGCCGUGGGGCAGGGAGGACCUGGGGGGGAAGAGGCCAAAGCCCCGGCCCAGCUCCCCAGCCCUGCUACAGAUGUCCGCCCAGGGAGACCACGUGGACCUGUCCCUCUCCUGCACCGUAGUACCACUGACCCCAGAGCGGGAGGAAGGGUCCAGGGCUGUGACCUCCCAACCAGCCCGAAAACACAAGCAGACCAGCAUGACGGAUUUCUACCAUUCAAAGCGAAGGCUCAUCUUCUACAAGAGGAAGCCCUGACUUGAUGGCUCCGAUUUCUCUCACUCCGGGGUGGGUGCUGAUGACCACCCCAGUUCAGAUACUCUAGCUUUUUGUUCGUCAGUGUGUGUGUGUUUUAAUUAUUGUUUGUAUUUUAAUUUAAACUACUCUUUGUAUAUAUACGCUGUCUCCAUGCUGGGUGGGCCCUGGCCUCUAUAGCAUGGAGAAUAUUUAAAAAAAAACAAAAAACAAAAAAACGACAGUGGAAAGCUAGCUGCGCCCCCGCUGUAUAAGUCGGACUGUCGGGUAUUUUUAUGUUUUGAAACCUUAUUUAAAAUGUCCUUGUCCUAUGUUUCCUCUAUCCUAUAAGAUAGAAUGAAGUUGGCCUCAGGCCAGAGAUUGGUGUAGCUACAGAUUGCUGCUAGCUUCCUUUGCCUGUCGUUCCUCACGCCAGGAAUUCCUGGUUAGGCGACAUGCCCAAGGGCAGUUAUCUCCCAUCAGGUGUUGUUGGAAUUCUCCCGGGUUCUCUAAAGUAAGUUAAUUUUAAUUUGAAAAAAAAAAAACAAAGACAAAAAAACAGAUGGCACUUUGUUGGGAGGGUGGGGUGGGCCCAGGGUUGGUAGGGGUACAAAGUGACCGCCUUCCUCCCGGACGUCCAAAGCCAAGGGAUGAAGGGCAGGGAUCCCACCCCAUCGGCCUCGGGGCUUUGCUCUCUACUGAGAGGAGGGGGAAGACGAGUUGGUUCCUGUAGCAUUUCUUACCCCCCCUCCCGCUGCCUGCCCUCAGGCACUGGGUAGGCAGGUGGGCAUCCGUUCCCCAAAGGUGGACCAGCCAAGCUGCUCAGGAUCCCGGGUCCCUAUUGGUGCUGUCCUGCCCUGCACUUUUUACAGAGACCUAGCUGCCCUUCCGUAGCUGGGUUUUCCUCUCAGCUCUCCCCUCCUGUCACCCCCUCCUUCCUCUCCACAUCUCCCCUCCCUUCCUAUUGUCCUUUGUGUAGCAGCUGAACAAGGUGACGGGGGUUUGGAAGUGAGGCAGGGUGACGAGGAGGUUCUGGCCUUUCUGUGGAAUGUGGGAGAGGCUGUUGCUGACUGCAUACAGAAGGAACGGGUUUCAUUCCAUCCUGACUUUGCCCUGUCCCAAAAGUCCUGUGGACAAAACCCCAGCCUGGGCACUGACCCUAGAGGGGAGAGUAGAUAGCAAGCACUUGGAAUCUGUCCCACACAUACGAGCACUUGAUUCUAGACUAUUCUCUUGUUCUGGUUCAUGUGUAUGUCUUGGUCUCCUCAACUAGACUGUAAGCUCUCUGAGGGCAGGGACAGUGUCUUAUACUUUUCUGUAUCCCACACGACCCCUAACACAAGGUUGGGUAUAUAGCAGGUGCUCAGUAAAUAAUACUUAUUGACCUAACCACA